AUGGUGCACGGAGGCAGGCAGGUAGCAGGCCCAGCUACAGAGAACAAGACAGAAGAUGGAUCAGAGGGUGUAGAAAAUCGUGCAGGUAGCAAAUUGCCUGCAAAACACAUGGCCUAUGCUUGGCUAGUGUCCGCGUGGGAUCGGGCCAUAUCGUUUAUCCUGCAGCAAACCAUGUACUCAUUGUCAACAGGGCCUCUCCCUCGUCAUAUUGCCUUUAUCAUGGACGGAAACAGGCGCUGGUCGCGCGCUCACAAUAUGCGUGUUCAGGAAGGGCAUCUCAAGGGAUUCGAAGCACUGAAACGUGUGUUGGACCUGUGCUUGUCUUUGCAGCGGAUCGAAGUCGUCACUGUAUAUGCGUUUGCUAUUGACAACUUCAAGCGCGAUCCAGAUGAAGUGCAUGCCUUAAUGGAACUCGCACGGACCCGGCUGCUUGAACUCUACGAGCACAGCGACUUUGUGGCGCGGCAUUCAAUCUGCAUCCGUGUCGUAGGGCAUCGCGAGUACUUGCCGCCCAGUGUGCAGGAGACAGCACGCCGCGUCGAAGAAGCAACACAGCACAAUACAGGACCCACUCUCAAUAUCUGCAUGCCAUAUGCAUCACAGGCCGAAAUCUGUCAUGCCGCACAGCAAGCCACUAAAAAUUCACAGCAGCUCACACCAGCAUCACUCUCGUCGCACCUGAUGGUGCCAGACGAUCCACCUGUUGACAUACUCGUGCGCACAUCGCGUGUAUCGCGAUUGAGCGACUUUUUGCUCUGGCAAUCAAAUGAACACACACAGAUGCACUUUGUCGAUCAGUACUGGCCCAUGUUUGGGGCAUGUGAUUUGAUUCCCAUCCUACUUGAGUACCAGCGUGCACAGACACACCGUGGAUAA